AUGGGCGGGCCUAGUAAUGCCGGCCUUCACCAGCCGUUCAACGUUGUUAGCUUGACUGGGUUCGGCAUCUCUGCCCUUUCGUUCUUUGCCAGAUGCUACACCGCUUGGAUGAUCCUUCAUCGAACGGCCAGCGACCUCUACCUGGCGAUCGCGACAUUUAUCAUUGGCACUGCCAGCCAAAUCUUCCUCACAUUAGCAACAGCAUCAUACGGAAUUGGCGUUUAUGAAUCCACCUUAUCAGAGGACGAUAAACGAAAAGCGCUUUUAUGCGCGUGGCUCAAUCAGUUUCUUGCAUUGAUCGCCAUUGGACUCGGAAAGGUGGCCAUCGUCGCCUUCAUUGUGCUUUUCCAGGGCUACCAGAAGCGGAUCUGGAUCAUCUUCCUCUGGUUUGUCGGUCUGAGUAGCCUGCUGCUCAAUGUUGUCCCGGCUAUUCUACUGCUAGUCCAAUGUCGGCCGGUACGAAACUGUGGGACGAACAAGCACCGGGAAGGUGUAAUGAUAACCAUCGGGGGCAGGUCUUGGGCUUUGUACAAGGGUCAUACUCGGCUUUAUGUGAUAUUAUUCUGGCGAAGUACCCAAUGGUCAUCUUCUGGCACGUCCAGGCAUCCUCAACGGCCCGAAAAAUAG